AUGCCCAACCUCUAUCAUCCUGGGACAUUGCGCAACGACUCUGAACAAACUGACAGCCUCGAUGUCGGCACCGAAACCUACUUCGCCUCACAUCUCGAGCCAGCAAUUUCCAAAUUGGCCGGCAUACAUGCACCUCCGGAAUUCGAAGUUAACUGGGACUCUGACGACCCCGAAAAUCCUCGCCUGUGGCCGCUUUGGUACAAAGGCCUCACUGUCGCUGCUAUGAGUCUUGGUACUACAGUUGUCAGUCUCUCCAGCACACUGUACACAUCUGGGAUUCCAGGACUACAAGAAGAUUUUCGCGUUUCGAAGAUCGUGGCUCUCCUUGGCGUCACCACUUAUCUUCUUGGAAUGGGGAUAGGCAGCAUCAUUUUUGCUCCACUUAGCGAGCUUGUGGGACGGCGGCCAGUCUAUAUUGUCUCAAUGAUAAUAUUUCUGCUUUUAUUGUUGCCGAGUGCUUUAGCUCAAAACAUUGCUUCAAUCCUCGUGAGCAGAUCCUUUGGAGGAUUCUUUGGAAGUGCAUUGAUGUCGAACUCGCCAGCAUCUGUGAAUGAUAUUGUCUCGGAUAAGCACCGUGCUUUAGCAUUCGGUUUCUGGUCUAUUGGCCCCACCAACGGCCCUGUAUAUGGCCCAAUCAUAGGAGGGUUUGUGUUCCAAUAUCUUGGCUGGAGGUGGACAAAUUGGAUUGUCCUCAUCAGUGGGAGUGUGGUCCUGGUCCUUUUAGCCUCUGUCAAAGAAACAUACGCCCCCGUGAUCUUGAAAAAGCGCGCUGCAAGAAAAAGAAAGGAGACACAGGACCCAAAAUGGUGGACACGCUAUGACGAUGAUGUCGGCUUUACAUCUUCACUGAGAACCAAUCUCAAGAGACCUUUCGUGAUGCUCCUAACAGAGCCGAUAUGUAUAUUUUGGGAUGGCUACGUUGCGAUUGUUUAUGGAAUCCUUUACCUAUGUUUCGUCGCGUAUCCAAUCGCUUUCUCACAUGAACGUGGGUGGUCGCCAGGCAUCGGUGGUCUUCCGUUCGUCGGUAUAGGCGUUGGUGUCUUGAUCGCCAUUGCAUGCGAACCUUUAUUUCGUAAAGUGAUCAAUCUUCAUCGCAAGGAUCCAGAAACCGGCAUGGUACAACCAGAGGCUAUGGUCAGCGUCGUCUUUUUUGGUGCUACUCUUUUAGCCAUUGGCCAGUUGUGGUUUUCCUGGACUUGUACUCCAAACGUUCACUGGAUUGUCCCCAUCCUAGCCGGUGUUCCCUUUGGAAUUGGUAAUGCAUGCGUCUUUAUUUACGCCUCAAACUAUAUUGCCCGGUCUUAUGGCAUUUACGCCGCAUCUGCGCUUGCAGGAAAUAUGCUCACUCGCAGUGUCAUGGGAGCAUUCCUCCCGCUUGCGGGACCAUCAAUGUAUAAGACUCUGGGCUUGAAUUGGGCAAGUACAAUCCUGGGGAUUGUUGAGGUAGUGUGCAUCUUGAUACCUGUUGUCUUCUACUUUUACGGACACAGAAUUCGAAAGGCGAGUCACUUUAUUAAAGAGGUAGAAAAGCUGCAGGCAGCCUGA